CAUACACUCGGAACUCGACGAAUGGAUUAUUCCGAAUUUAUCUCUUUAGGAGAAGCAUCAGCUUGCCUCGCAAUUCUGAACUUCUGACCUGUCUGCCGCCGAUGAAUCCUCUUUGCCGCUCGGUCGCGUCAUCGAUCGGUGCUCUUGGAUUGGGCCGAAAAGCCGUGCGGCACUCUGUGGUUCAGUGCAUUGUGUAACGAUUGCCGAAUUAAUUUUGUUUCUUAAACCAGUGAGUGAAAAACUAGAGUGAAAAUGAUUUUCAAACUCGUUGUGAGUGUUUGGCUUCUAUUGCAAUGGGAAUAUGGUGCUGCGCUUGUCCAGCAGAAUCGCAGAGUGGUCGAUCUAUCAAAUCGUGGCUUGCAAAGAGAAGAUUUUUUUAUGAAAAUGCAACAUCAAAUAAAAAUUUACGAAGUAAACGAACUUAUUCUCAGAGGGAAUAAAUUCGAUAGUUUUUUAGACUGCUCAACGAAGUUAGACAACCUCGAAGUAUUAGAUUUGUCUUACAAUCAACUUAAAAAAUUCUUUUUCCUUUGUACAGAGGAGUACAACUUAAUAUCAUUGAAUGUCAGUCAUAAUCAAAUAGAAUACAUCAAUGACGAGGCUUUAACACAUAGAGUCAUCAAGUUGAAAGAAUUGGAUUUAUCUUACAAUGAUCUCUACGUCGUCAACGAUACUAUGCUUCAACACAUGAAGAAUCUGGAGUUUCUUUCAUUAGCAAGCAACCCGAUCGAAGACAACAUCGACGCAUAUGUAUUCCAAAAUCUGACGCUACUAAAGCAUCUAGACCUGCGUAACAUCUCUUCGCAGUUCUUCUCGCCGUCGCUGUUCGAGCCCUUAGUGAAUCUGGAACACCUUGAUCUAUCCUAUAAUCCGAUCGAGGACGUUCCAUUUUUGCCCACUGGCAUCAAAGUCCUCUACAUCUGCGGCACCAAUAUUCUACAUUUGGGCAGCUUCGUGAUGCCGCAGCUGCGUGUCUUAGCUCUCGAUCAUUCGGCGAAUCUAACUUCGGUGCUGCUCAACAAUUUUGAAAACCUCACGCAGCUCGAGAUCCUUUCGAUGCACGAUUCACCAAAGUUGGCCGAUAUCAAGCUCAGACAGUCGAGUUCACCCCUACUGCCCAAGCUCAAGAGAUUCUCCCUGCAAAAUUGCGCCCUGCAAACACUGCACGAAGAGCUGCUGCCGAUAAUACAGAAAACUGCUGUCUUAGACCUUCAGAACAAUCCCUGGAGUUGCGAUUGCCGAAUGAGCUGGCUCAAUGCUAUCAACGUGACGACUGAUUUGCGAAGCAGUUUCCGAUGCCAGAGGCCGGAGCAGCACCGCGGCAAAUUGCUCCACGACGUGCCGUCGGCCGAGCUCGAGUGCGAGGAGCCGCCCGAGGCAGGCCUCGAUAUGGAGUUCGCCGGCAGCAUCCUCUACCCGAUCCUGUGGCUCGGGCUCGCGCUAUCGAUCCUCGGGAUGCUAGGCGCCGGCUUCGUCUACUACAGCCGUGGCUGCCUUGGCCAGUGGGUGAGGAAGAUGCGACAUAGAGGCACCGACACCGUCAGCUAUACCAACGUCGUCGAGUCCAACAAUGACCUUGUACGGAUACUGCCGACUGGCGAGACCAAUGAACACGCUGAUAUCUGAGUGCUUUUCUUUUAGGAAAAAGAACGUUGAAUGGUUUUUGUUUUUCAUAAUGGUAUUUUUAACGUUGCCUUACUUUUUUCAAAGUGCGCGACUUUUUGAGGCGCAUCUGUUUAUUCAUCCUGAAGAUGAACGAGGAAAGGAGUGUUAAGACAUUUUUUUUACUAUAUAGAUGCAGUAAUUUGAAAUUUUUUGUAACUCGUUUUUCAGUAUUUGAAACAAAGCUGACGCGUUGAUAAAGAUUUUUUCAAUUCCAAAUGUAUGCGAAUCACCGAAGACAAUAGUGUGAAAUGAUAAUUAAAAUUUUCACAACCAG